AUGGUUAGAGAGAAUCUUUUCAGUUGGUUAGAUCCUAUGGCGCUCCUGGUGCCUGUCGGGUGCACACGUUUGACUGUACCACUCAAGACGCAAGUUUGCCCCGGCCGCCGCCUGUGCCCCACUAUCUCCGCCACGCUAUCGUUGCGGCCUAAAGCGAUGGACUGUGUGGAGGAAACUUCAAGCUUCUUCGAAAAUGACUCCCGACCCAUCAUGUUAUUUGACGGUGUAUGCAACUUAUGCAACGGAGGCGUUAGAUUUGUCCGAGCCAAUGAUCGACAAAGAAAAAUUAGAUUUGAAGCUCUGCAGAGUGAAUCAGGUAGGAAGCUGUUGAGGAGAUCUGGUAGAGAGCCUGAUGAUAUUUCGAGUGUUGUACUUGUUGAGAAAGAUAGGUCGUACAUUAAGUCAGAAGCUGUGUUGAAGAUUAUGGAAUACAUAGAUUUACCCUUUCCACAGCUAGCUUUCUUUCUACACUUAAUACCACUAUUUGUAAGGGACUUCGUAUAUGAGAAUGUUGCAGAUAACCGUUACAAUUUCUUUGGUCGCUCAGAUUCAUGUGAAAUAUAG